UCGCCAACUUCCCAAGUACGCCAAAACACUCGACCCUCGUUGGUCCGUCACCGCCCAAUCUCACCAACCAAAAAUUCAGCGCUGCCUCCAAAGUCCAAGUCGUCACUACUACCGCAAGAAACCGCCACAACAAAGUUCAUAACUCGAAUCCAGAGACUCAUCGUGUGAACAACGGCAUGUUCGACCGUACUUGAAUUUCAGAUUCCGCGGCGAUGGACGAAACCGCCGUUAUGACGAAGCCUGAUUGGCUCAACAACCGCGAGAAGUUCGCCGGAGAGAGAACCGAAGACGUCGUCGACGACGACGGCGAAGAUGAAUGCGACGACGAGGCUUGGAGCAUGCUGAGUCGGAGCUUCCGCCAGGCGCAGACGGUGCUGGACGAGAACCGCGCGCUGAUCCAGGAAGUGAACAGCAACCACGAGUCGAAGAUUCCUGACAACAUGGUGAAGAACGUUGGCCUCAUUGCUCAGAUCCACGGUAACAUCUCCAAGGUUCGCUCUAUUUACUCCGAUUUAUCUGUAAACUUCAUGAACAUUGUUCGCGAGCGCCGCGUCACCGACGUGAACCACCGUAAUCGCAACGACGACCGCGAAGAGGAUGAAGAUAUGGCGGAGAACUCAGAGGACGAUUCCGCGGAGCACGUGCCGGAGAAAUCGGAGAUGGUUGAAUUGAUGGCUGCGGGAAUGCAUAGGGCAUUAUCUGCCCGCAGAUGAGGGAGGACUUGUGGACUUGGGAAGUAGGGAAGGGAAAGGGGACAGGAAAAGGAUUGAACCGCCAGUGCCGUGUGAGCUAUUAGCUCACUGUCUCAUGCCUGCUUUGUUGUUGUUGUUAUUCUCUUUUCUAAUGUCUUGAUGAUGCAUAGGUAGUUCUCAAGUUUACUGGUCGGUUAAGUUGAUAUGAAUUCAGAAUUCAUCACCAAAUUUGUAUGAAGAACACCAAGCAAAACUAGUAGAAUCUAGUUUUUAAGGAGAUUUCUCUGAAUUGAAAAAUGGCCUUUCUUUUAGAUGAUCUGCUUCUGAGCUUUAAUUUGAAACUGAGACCUGACACCAUUGAUAAGUUUCCAUCAUAGUAGGGUUGGUAACAUGGAUCAAUCAUCAACGCCUCUUUUUAGUGUGAAAACCAUCAUAGUAGCAUUGAUUACACGGAUUCAUCAUCAAGCCCUCUUAUUAGUCUUAUUCACACAUGACCAAACCACAUAAGGCGAACAUUCAGCAUUCUCCUCAAUAGGUGUUACUGUCACUCCUAAAUACAUUUAUUCAUAAUCUUUUGUGUAUCCUCUCAUCCACCUCAGUAUUCUCUUCUCCGCUACCCUAGCUUUUUGCCCAACACUUACGGAUGCUGAACAAAAUGGUCUGAUAUAAUUUGAUGCUCGUGCUGUUGUAUUACUUGGCGUCUUUCGAUUCAUUGUUAUAUGUUGGUGUUCUCAUGCUACCAGAGUAAAUAGUUUUAUCUGGGAUUUGUAACUUUUGAGACAGGUUUCAGGAAAUGAUGCAGAAAUACAGACAUUCAUGUAUUAUAAAUUAGGUGUUCCGAAUGCUGUAGUGCUUGUGAGCCAGCAAAGGUUGAUAUCACGGGAAUGAAUCAUGAAGUAAAACAUUUGAAAUUGUCAAGAAAUUGGAGACAUGAAAUACUUUGAAGUUUGAAUGAAGGAAAAUAUUUGAAAUUGUGCUGUCACGGUACUGAGUACUCUAAAUUCAAUUUGCUAUCCAUCCCCCACAUCUAGGAGAUGUUGUCAUGUCUUUACUGGAAACAGGCUAGGGGUAGGCAAAAAAAACUGAACUGAACUGAACUGGUGAUGAACUGAAUGUACUAUAAAAAACUGAUCUGUUUGUAAAAAAAUUGAACUGAACUGUUUAAAAAAACACUGAACUGUUGGAAAGUUAAAUUGUACUGAACUAUAAAACCAAACUGAAUUAUAAAAAUUAAACUAUUUUUAUAAAAGGAUAAAAAUUAAAUGUGUCUAAUAUGUUAUAUCUUAAUGGAUUAACUCGAUAGUUUAAUGACUAAAACUUUGGAAAAAAAAAAGUGAUCUGAAAAAAAAUUGUAUCAAUUUUGUCGAACCUAACGGAUCAAUUGAGUUAUGUUAGACUAUUUAUUUUUAGGCUUAAAAUUCACUGAGUUUGUUUGACUUAAUUUUAUAUUUUUGUCCUUUGAAAAAUUUAAAUAAAAUGAAAAAUAAAGUAAAGUUGGCAAAUGUUUCCUAUUUUGAUAAAUCAAUGAGUCAAAAUUAUUCAAUUCAAAAUACAUAACAGUUCAGUGCAGUUUAAAUUGCAGUUCAGUUCAAGUUUUUAUAGUAUAGUUCAGUUCAGUUCAUCUGAACUAAUAUUCAGUUUAGUUCAGUUCAUGAGAACUACUCUUAAAUUUAGUAUAGUUUUUAUAAGUUCAGUUCAUUUCAUUUUACCCACCCCUAGAAAACACGACCACUCUGAUGUUAUGAAUUUAUAUUGUCCAGUUUUGUUUUCAAAAUCUUUCAUCUGUUUAGGAAUUUAUUACUAGGUCAUUAACAGUCCCAUAUCACAUUUUCCUCUGUUUGUAUUUUAUUUACUUUUUUGUUUGUCUAGCAAAAGGAUGAUGACCAAAUUAACUUAGUAAUGUGAUAUAGUAGGAACAUUUUUUUAACUAUUUCCUGGAAAACAUUAGCAAUUAAAAUGACGUGUUUUUCUCUAAUGGUGCAUAUUUUGAGUAACUAAGGACUCACUUCUGCAGGAAGGUGAAUCUAGAAUUCAUGGAAAGGAAGUGGUCUUUUUCCUAAACUUGAGUUGUUAAUCUGUUUCAAACAUCAAUAAAAUUUAUAUUCAAAAUUACAGACUAUGGAUGUAGUGAACAUCGUAUUUAUAACAUGCAAGUUGACGUGGACUAGGGAAUGAUGGUGACUUGGUAGGCGUGGAUUUUAACAGACAAGGCAAAUGGGAGUUACUAUUGCUAUGAACUGUCGCUGGAAUUGUGAUAACGUAGAUAUAGGUUGCAGAUGAUUCAAUUCUAAUUAAGCACUAUGCUAGUGAAGGUUUCAUAGGAAUUACGUGAAAAUAUGUCUCCGGGAAUGCUAUUUCUGUGGAUUUGGUAUUCCACUGAACAUUUAAUGUGAUGAAGAAAAAAAUGUUUAGUUGACUUGUUUUCAGCAUGGCAUUUGGAAUGGGAGACGGAGAAAGACAACUUUGGGCACAAUAGAAUUCUCAUGUUUACUGAGCUUUGGGAUUUUUAAUAUGAUAGGUAAUGCAGCAGCACGAGUGAUUUUAAAAAACGAACAUAUCGGCAUUCAUAUUUUGGUUUUGCUAAGUUGGUUCUGAAAAUACUUACUGUUAAAAAUUAAAAUUUUAAAUUAGUUUUUUUAAGGUUUCUUUUUUUGGUUACAAGAGCAAAAACAGAAAAAAAAAAAAAAAAAAAAAAAAAAAAAAAAAAAAAAAAAAAAAAAAAAAAGACAGGACAACAAGGAAAAUAGUGUUAAUUCCUAACAAAACUAGUUCUUGUUGCGUCAGCAAGUAGCAGAGGAGUUAUGCAUGCUGCAGGUUCAUCCAGAUAUAUCAGAGGUCGAUUGUCACUAACUCCAAGUUUGGUUAAUAUGUCUGCACACUGAUUGCCUUUCUGGUACGUGUGUUGGAGGUUGAAAUCCCACUCUUUGGCCAUGAAAGUUCUUAUAAUGAACAAUCCAAGCUUGGUUAAUAUAUAUCAGAGGUCGAUUGUCACUAACUCAAGUUUGGUUAAUAUGUCUGCUCACUGAUUGCCUUUCUGGUACGUGUGUUGGAGGUUGAAAUCCCACUCUUUGGCCAUGAAAGUUCUUAAAAUGAACGAUCCAUGAAAGUUUUUUUUUUAGUAGUUAGAGAUAGCUUUGUCUAUCUUUUUGUGCAUACAUGUAUCAUUUGUACUGAAAUUGCUUGGCAUUGGUAAUCAAAUGCCCUUUCAAACUUUUU